AUGCUAGAAUUUUAUUUAGAUCUUCAGCUACAGUUUAUGAUUUUGGAUAAUUUUUUGAUGAGGAGGCUUCAUUAAACUUCAAAACCUUAUAGUAAACGCAAGUAGUAAUUGAAAAUUUGAUCAGAUGAUUAUUAAAGAAAAGAGGAAGUGUAACCUUUGCUUAAGUUAUUUUAAUUCAGCUGGGGCAACCAAGGAUGUUAAGUUAGAGAGAUGCCUAAUAUGCCUUUAAAUUUAUUUCCAUAGCUCUAGACAAUCUUGAAUAAUUAUAAGUUUAUGGAAAUAAGUAUAAUAGUCAUGAUGGUACAGUUAUUAGAGAUUAUAUUCAUGUUUUAAAUUAGUAGAGGCUCACAUAAUUUCAUUACAGGAGUUAAAAAUAAGAAUGAAAAGAACAAAAGUUAUAAUGAAUAUUUAAACUCAAGGACAGAAAAAGAAUUUAGUGUUUUAGAUAUUGCUAAUGAACAUUCAAAAUUUGUGCCAUCAAAUUAAAAAUACAAUGAUUGGAGAGGUUGCCAUAUUACCUGCUAAUUCAAAUAAAACAAAAGAAAAUCGGGGUGCAAAGAGAGGAUUUUUCAGAUUCAUACAAUUUUAUUAAAUCAAAAUAAUGA